UGAAAACCCUAAUCAUUUUUCUCCUCCUCCUCUCCUUCUCGCUCUGCACGCUGACUGAAAACUCGGGGAACGAUUUCUCGGAAAAACGAGAGGUCGCUCCAUCCAAAUCCAAUCCCUCAUCAACUUCUCUCUCAAGAAUUUACCCCUCUUCUUCCCCUCUCUCUCUCUCUCUCUCAAAGUGAUAAAGUUAUGGCGAUGAGUCAUGUCAAAACAUUUAGAAGCGUUAUCAAUACCAAGGAAGUCGUUGGGAUACUGUCACAAAGAACAUUUUCUGCUGGGGCUGGCAAAGCAAAGAAGGACAAAAAGGGUGGUUCUCAAACUGAUGCACCGAAAGCGUCAACUCUGGCCAAAGAAGUCAAGGCUACUACUGUGGUCGGAGGCAAUAUCCUAAAGGAUGGAACGGAUCCUAAGAUCUUGCCAGAUUCUGAGUACCCUGAUUGGUUGUGGGGUCUACUUGAUAAGCGCCCUGCAUUGAGUGAAUUAAGCCGGAAGAAGAUUGAAACUCUCCCCUAUGAAGAUCUCAAGCGUUUUGUUAAGCUGGAUAACCGAAGAAGUAUCAAGGAGAAUAACUCUCUUAAGGCCAAGAACUAGUUUCUAUUUGUCCUUUUGAUUUGCGAACAAAUGAACUGAAUCAGCAGUAUUAGCUUCACCGGUAAGGCUGUUUCUCGGUCCCUGUAUGAAUCUAAGGCAGGUUAGAUGUACUUCUCUGCGGAAAUGCUCUUUUGUAUGUUUUGAGGAUCUGUCUCAGAAAUAUAUUAUAUUCUUGCC